AUGAGUUUUUUAACUUCACUGGGGCAAUAUGUGGCCGGGAUGGCAGACAGUGUUGCUGGGCUCGCCUUGUCUCCUCGACGAGCGCCCCCCUCCCGACACCGCUCUGCCGAGGAGUCCCAACAACAACAACCACACUCAACGGCAACAAUGCGAGGAUUUCCACGAGUGUUACCCACCGAGGGUGCAUCCGCGCUAAGCGCUCGGCGACGCACCUUGGACUGCCUAGCGCCUGCUACGACGCCUCGACGCGGGGGAUCGCUACGCGUGCCAAGGCAGCCUCAGCCACCGGAAAAGCCUACUAUGGCGUUCUGUAAAAGACGCCUAUCGUGGCCGGAAGUCGAUAUUUCAGUUAAAUCAGGAGUUCAAGACACCGACGGCUCUUAUUUUGAGAGCUUCACAGCCCUAUCAUGGCGUCAAGAGAACAGACGGUUGGCAGCCCUGCGACUAGCUGAAGCGAGAGCUGAGAGACCUCCGCCUGCUCCUCACGAUCUUGGCCUUCCGAGCGUUUCUGCACAGCUCUCACAUAAAGAACACGAGCAUCUCUAUACUGAGGUAUUAUACUGUAUCGAGAAUGCAGUUGGUGCUCCAGCACCAGACGGACAAUUUGCGUCAUACAAAGAGGAGGUGAUCGAAUAUGCCCGCCGAGCUUUCAAAGUACCGCCCGAAGUUCAUGCGCGCGCUUUACGUGCCGCGGGAAGUGAGCGACCACCAACUGUUGUACUGGGUUGCGUUGUCAUUGAAGCCGAUGGACUGGAGGCUAAAGAUGCUAACGGAUUCAGCGAUCCUUACUGUAUGCUAGGCAUACAGCCAGCAUCCAUACCCGCUUCUCCUCGCGCUUCGGAAGACGAAGGUCGUAAGCACGGCUUCAGACUGAGCUUCAAGCGUCGUGAUGGUCGACAACAGCGUGACAGUCUCGGCAGACUACCAGCGAGAUACAUUCGCGCGACCAGUGUCCGACCGCAUACACUGUCACCAAAAUGGAAUGAAACAUUCAAAUUUGAUAUCGACGAUAUAUCAUCGGACGUCCUACACCUAGACAUCUGGGAUCACGAUGAUGAAAGCUCCGUGCUGGAUGCUGUGUCCCGUCUCAAUGAGGUCCGCGGGGUUCGAGGUCUCGGCCGCUUCUUUAAGCAAGUGUGCCAGAGCGCAAGGCAAGGAAGCCAGGAUGAUUUCCUUGGUUCUGUAAACAUCCCCUUACGCGAAAUUCCAUCGACGGGGGUCGAAGCGUGGUACAAGUUGGAGGCGCGCUCCCAGCGCUCAUCUGUGCAGGGCCGCAUCAGACUCAGGCUGUGGCUCUCGGCGAGAGAAGCUGGCAGGCAUGACGAUGAUAAUUGGCAGCAAGUGCGUCAACACGAGCGUUUGUUUGGCGUGCUACUGGCUCACGAGGUGGAGACGGCUGCGAACACAUCGUCUAGUGGAGCGGAGAGCGAGAGUGGAGAAUGGGAGGGCGAACUGUGCGGGGCAGCGCAGACGUUGCUGCACCAACACGCGGUACAGGGCGAUUUGAGUCCGCUUCAAGCGGCUAUCGCCCGCUUCGCCGCCUCGUGCAAGCUUAACAGCGAGGCACCUCUUGACCCGAAGUACAUGCACAAGCUGCUGAUCGAGUUAGAGCGGGCGUGGUGUGCAAGCGAGAUUUCAAGCGGAAGCGGUGGCGGGAGCGGGAGCAGGGGCGGAAGCGGGGGCGGGGGCGGGGACGGUGGCGCGGGAGUCUCGCACGAUGAGGAGCGCUGGCUCGCCGUCUGCUUCUGCGAGUUUGUAGAACGCGCUCUACAUCAACUGCGUCUCCACCGCGACCUCUACCCCGUACUGCACCACAUGAGUCUGAAUAAGUUGGAGUUUCUCUUACGUUGUCUCAAUCAGCUGUCGCAAAUGAAAGCAUUUUGGCGUUGCUGCCCUUUUAAUAAUGAAAUUAGGAGCGAGAUAGUGUGUGCGUUGCGUAAGGGCUCUGCGGAGUGGUACGAGGCGCUGUGCGCGCAGGACACAGACUCAGAGCGCGGUGAAGAUCUCGUCAAUCUCAUCACACUCGUACAGAUCGACCUGCAGCAGGGCCUCACAUACUACCAUCCGCUCUUCGAGACGACAAACAAUGUACCAUACUUCAGCGUUGUUUUCACGCAAAUAGACAAAAUGGUAUCCGAAGAAGUGAAACAGUGCGUGGAGCUGUGGGUGACUGAGGGUUGGUGCGGAGUUGCUGAAGAGGAAGUGUUCGACGAACACGGGAACGGAAUGUGCGUGGUGUCUGCGAAAACGCUUCCCUUCGAAGUGUUAGCUGCAGUACGCGAGCUGGUGGCGGGCGCGCCGCCUCACUCCGCGCACGACCCGCCUCCACAGCUGCUUGACGCCUAUCAAUGGUUCGAGCCGCUGAUCGAUCGAUGGCUGGCAGUAACCAAGACCAUGGCGUUACAACGAGUACGUGUAGCAGUGGAGCUAGAUCGCUCAGUUGAAGGAGAGCAUAUUGUCAAACACAGCACCUCUUCAGUUGAUACAGCAGCUUGUUUGUACCAUAUGCGAAUGGUGUGGCGAGCGAUUGGAGGCGUGGAAGAGGGCACUAUUGGCGGCGGUUUAAGGCUUCUAGAGGCAGCAUGCGCCACAGCCCUUCACUAUGCGGACCUUGUUCAUGGCGCACUUGCCGAUCAGGGAUAUUACGAGAAUCAUGGCCAAAACAAAACGACGGAGGAGAUAUGCACGAUUGUGAACAAUCUGGAAUAUGUUCGCCGCUCCCUUGCCGAGUACGACGAUGAGCACGUCAUUGCCAACGAUGAAAAUGCACGCCAACUAGUUCGCGGUGCACUCGGUACACUGGAGUCUCGUGCAACGCGCGCUGCUCUACCUCUAUCUGCUCGCGCCCGACCACCAUUGCGGAAAGCAGUAUUCCAUCUCGCCUGGUCACCGGAUACGCUACCUACACCACAGGCCAUAACUCCUCUGCUGGAAUUUUUGGAUCAGCAUUUAUCAUCAUUGAAUACAUGGUUAUUACCAAGAGCAUUCAUCCGAGCUUUAGCCGGGUGUUGGAGUGCAGUUCUUAAGGAGAUAUCUGCUCAAGCUGAUGCUGGAGGAGCGGAAAAGCCAAGAGUAUACCAUCACAGGCUUAGAGAAGCCCUUGAGUUACUGGCGGAAUUCUUUCACGCCGAAGGAAAAGGACUGCCUAUGUCAGAGGUGCAAAGCGCGGAAUGGGCGCGUGUGGAACAGCGCCUACAGUACCACCAAGCUCCAAGUGAAGAGUUACUUGAGCUGUGGCUAGCUGAUCGUCUUCAAGAACAGAGUCGAACACCGCUACCGUCACCCUACGGCUCUAUACUGAUCAGAGUGUACUUCAACCACGACUCCUUGUGCGUCGAGGUUUUGUCGGCGCGGGACGUGAUCCCGCUCGACCCGAACGGCUUGAGCGACCCCUUCGUCGUCCUUGAGCUGCUCCCGAAACGACUCUUUCCGAAAACUCACGAACAGAGCACUAACGUGCAGAAGAAAACCUUGAACCCGGUGUGGGACGAAUGCUUCGAAUUUGCGGUGUCGCUGGAGGCGUGUAAGUCACCGCAGGCGGCGCUGGCGCUGUCCGUGUGGGAUCGUGAUGUGUUGACUGCGGACGACUUCGCGGGCGAAGCGUUCGUGUCGCUGGCGCGCGUGCCCGGCGUCAACUGUCACGCCCCGCCUGACCCGCUGCGCCCUAUAGAACUACCGCUCAUGCAGUUGCAUGAUAGAUGUCAUCCCAUACUGCAGAUCUUGGAGUCACGAACGACGGAUAAACUGGCAAUGGAUUUCGUUAAAAAACAAAGAUUACGUUUUGCUGAACAGUAA